AUGGCAGGCCUUGGAGGAAUGAAGUGGCUGGUGUUUUUGCUUGGAAUAGUUUCACAGGUGUCAGGCAGCACAAUGACUGUGAGUAUUUACACGGUGACAUCAAAAAGUGCAGUUGUCCGCUGGAGCAGAUAUGAAGGUGCACAGUCAUACAGAGUAACAGCUUCUCUCAGGAACUCUGCAGUCCCCGUGGUCUUCGCCACCUUCGGACAGAACACCGUCAUGGGCUCUGUUAAUUCACUGACCCCCAACACACUGUACACCUUCCGGGUGGAAGCCAUAGGAAACCUCAAUAACAUGCUGGCGGAUGUUAGUGCGGACGGAUCUACUGCUCCUGAUGUGCCCACCAUUGUGAUGGCCUCCUCCAAACAAAGCCAGAACAUUACUGUGGAAUUCUCAGAAGUAUCCGGCGCAACAUCCUACAUCCUGCGUGCCGAAACCAACGAUGGCUCUUUCUUCUACGAGACCCCUGUACCGAGCUCUCCGGGCACUGUCAGCAACCUCCAGCCUUACACAGACUACACUCUCAGCAUUAUGUCUGUCAACGACGCAGGCAGGAGCCAGCCAUCCAUCUCCGUGGAGGCAAAGACAGUCCUCCCUGCUCCUCAGUUCAACACCAGUUCUCCCAGUAACAGCAGCAUCCUGGUGAGGUGGGAACCAGUGGCUCAUGCUGUCCUCUACAGCCUCAGUAUCAUCAGGGAUGGCUCGUACACACAGGACCGCCUCAACACCACACAGACUCUGGUGCCUUUUGAAAACCUGGAGCCUGGAACAACUUACUGUAUGAAAGGAAAUGCCUGGAGUCCUGAGAAUAUCCCUGGAGAUGACUUCAAUGUCUGUCAGAUCACACGACCUCCCAGCACUCAGAUUACUGAGAUGGUGGUGUCCAGCGUCUCUGCGGCUGGUAUUGUGGUGUCAUGGGAUCCAGCCCAGGGUGCACAGCAAUACAUCGCUUUGAGUUCAUCUGGCCAGAAUUGUUCCUCGACCAGUAACUCAUGCACUCUGAGCUCUCUGGGUUGUGGAGAAACACAUUUGGUUGAAGUGACCGCUAUCAACCAGGCCGGACCCAGCGUCCCCUCACAGCCAGUGCAGUUUAUUUCUUUUCCCUGUCCCCCACAGCCCAUCUGGGUGGAGGAGGUGGUAGCUGGUAACUGCUCCGUCAUGUGGAACUCCGUCCCUCAUGCAGAGGUCUACACCACCUUCAUUAAGAGUGAUGAUGGCAUAGAGGAAAUGUGCAACUCCAGCCAGACCUCCUGUCAGUUUUCCUGCCAUUGCGGAUAUUCCUACAUCAUGACCGUGUUUGCACACAACCAGGCCGGAUCCAGCCCCCCAGGCCCCGUUCUCAACUACACCACCUUGCCUUGCUGCCCAGAGAACACAACAAUUUCUCUGGAGUCCUGGGAGACUCUGAAGAUAGAGUGGUCACCUGUGCGUGGGGCGGAUCUGUAUGAGACUCGCGCUGUGGACGCUUCCGAGGUGAUUCUGUGUAAUGACACGGCGCCCGUCUGCGCCCUUUCUGACCUCACAUGCAACACCAGAUACAGCGUAGUGGUCAUACCGUGCAACGACAUUCGCGGCUGCAACCUCACCUGCAGACCGCAAACACAUGAAACAGCUCCGUGCAUGCCCGAGAUCAUGAGUGUGAAUCACAGUAACAGCUCCAGUGUUCUGGUUUCUUGGACGUCCUCCAACACAGCUGCCAACUACAGCGUCAGUAUGAUUGGCACGGUGGGUGACACGCACAGGUGUCAAUCAAACGGCACUUCCUGUCAGGUGCCCAAUCUGCCCUGUGGCUCCACCUAUGAUGUCAGCAUCACUGCGUCAUCCACAGCUGGGGAGAGCAUGCCUAGCUACACCGUUCCAUUGGAAACAGCGCCUUGUUGCCCACUAAGCCUCUCAGUGGGUCAGGUGACCCAAGCCGUGAGCAACAUCACCUGGUUGCCAGCCAACGGCGCCCAGACCUACAUCGUCUCUCUGUCUUCACCCCGGGGCAAUGCACAGUGUCACACCAUGGAAACAGAAUGCCUGAUGGGAUGUAUCACCUGUGGCACCAACUACACCGUCUCUCUGGAAGCUAUCAGUCGUACUGGGCAAAAGGCCGAGUGCACCUUUCAUGGCUUCUCAACCAGUGAGUGCUGUCCAAUGGGCAUUCGGCUCUUUAGAGGAACCAAUAACACGCUGCGUGUGCGCUGGAGGUCCAGCAGCCCUCUCACCAACUACACGGCAGAAGUUUCCGGAAGCCAGAGCACUCACACCUGCAGCCCACUACCCGGCAGCAACACGUGUGACGUGUCAGAGAUAGUGUGCGGUCAAGUAUACACGGUGGUCGUCGCCCCACUGAAUCAAGACGGAACGAAGGUCCAGUUCUGCUCGAGGAGGACGUAUUCAGUUUCAUGUUUAGGCAGUGAUGUAGGAAUGGUGCUUUAUCGGGGAAGAAGAUAAUGAUCAGAUGAGUGUCGUCCACACAAUGAGGUUCUAAUAAUAUUGGACAAGUGGACUCUUCAAAAUGACCCCCCAAACCAGAAGCGAAUGAAUCGGAUACGUCACAACACACUUCUUGAAUUCUCAGCGCAUGAAUAAAGCAUAGUCAGGAUCUAAUGCUGUCUAAUAAUGUUAACAUAUUUAAAUGUAAAGAUGUCAUGGAACGUAAGAGAGCUUAAUUUUACACAUUGUUUACAAAUAAAUUUACAUUUUGAGGUUUCACUAGAAGUGUUAUUGUUUAAUAUGAGUAAAAAAUAUGAUGAAUUUUACAAGAUUUGAAAGCUUUACUUGCUAAAUGAAACAAACUUACUAAAUUCAACAAACAGUACAUGCAUAUUGUUCAGGGAUUUUGACAAUUUGUCCUGUGCUAAAUUCAAUUCUCUAUCAAAAAUCUCAAACCUGAUGCUGUAAACUUGAAAUUGACUUCUGAUGAUGCAUUUGCAUUAAAUCUGUAGAUAAAACAUCUUUUGAAACAUACAGACAUGUAUUUCCCCUACUUUUGUGCAACAAUGUCCAGAAAUUAUUACAAUACGUAAAGUGAAUUUACCUGCAAUUUCAAUUUGAAAAUUUGGUCGACUGAAAAGAAUUUGACAUUAAAUAAGAUUGUUAUGUAGUCAAUUUACUCCCCUAUGUAUCGUGCCUCUGAGGGAAUUAUAGCUGUAUGGUUUAGCCAUUGGACUUCCCUUGGAUGUUUGUAAAACCAACAUUUUGUGAGAUGUGAAUGAAAUUCAAUUCCUUUGACAGUAAAACUC